AUGAAGCCCUUAAUUUCCAUCGUCUUAUUCGUAGUAUUGAUCCUAAAUGUUUUGUUUAAGCCCGCGUACUCGGCGGGACCAAUUCGAUAUUUAAAUGGGCCGAUCAUGUCCGGUCCUAUUCCUUUGUACAUAGUAUAUUACGGAAACCAAUGGCAUUCCUUCAAUCAAAAGCUCAUCGAAUCCUUUCUUAACGGGGUUAGCGGAACUAGUUAUUGGGACAUAGCAAAGGAAUACACCGGUUUUGUAGAUGAAAGUCAUACGAAGGCUGGCAAGGUUACCGGACCGGUAAAAGUUGCCAAGAGUCUGAAUUUGAAUGCCACCCAUGGAGUAAAUUUAAAUCGUCAAAAUUUGUUUACCAUUAUCAAUAACCAAAUUCACAAUGGUCGAUUUCCCGAAGAUGAUAAAGGAAUUUACUUCGUUUUGACAUCAAAAGAAGUGGCAUAUGGCGAUUCUGAAUUGGUCUUUUGUGAAGAGAGCGAUAGAGGCAUGUGCGGAUAUCACUUUUCUUUCCCUGCCUCUGGUGGUAAAAAAAAAUUAAAAUAUUCUUUUGUCGGUGAUCCAGGCCAUUGUCCAGCUACUUGCAUUCGCGCACUAAUUGAUCCGAGUUUAAAUUCAAGAAUAGUUAGAACCCCUAACGGAGACACCCUUGAUUCAAUGAUAAGCGUGAUCUCACAUGAAUUGUUCGAAACAGUAACGAAUCCACUGGUGAAUAUUAAUAAUGCUUGGCUCGAUUCAGAUGGAUUUGAAAAUGCAGAUAAAUGUCAACCGUAUUUUCAACCUCUUCAAAAUAAAAAUGGUGCGUCCUACAAUCUCAAGAUUGGAAGUAAUCUAUUCCUUGUGCAGCAAAUAUGGAAUCCUCGGACACAACGGUGUGAAUUGUCAGAUGGGAAGAACCCUCCCCUAUGA